GAGGAGAGGCUGUGGGAGAAGGGAGGGACCAAAGGAGAGAGCAGAGAGGGCUUCCAACUCAGUUCGCCGACUAAGCAGAAGAAAGAUCAAAAAAACGGAAGAGAAGAGCAAAGAGACAUUUUCAGGAGCAAUUCCCUCACCUCCAAGCCGACUGCGCUCUAGGAAUCCACAUUCCGUUCCUUUAGAAGACAAAGGCGCCCCAGGAGAGCGGCGGCGCGACCCCAGGGCGUGGGCCCCCGCCGCGGAGCCCGUACCGCCCGGCGCCCCGACGCCGCGGACCAUGUCUCCCGCCCCUCGACCCUCCCGCUGCCUCCUGAUCCCCCUGCUCACGCUCGGCACCGCGCUCGCCUCCCUCGGCUGGGCCCAAGGCAGCAACUUCAGCCCCGAAGCCUGGCUGCAGCAAUAUGGCUACCUACCUCCAGGGGACCUGCGUACCCACACACAACGCUCACCCCAGUCACUCUCAGCUGCCAUUGCCGCCAUGCAAAAGUUCUACGGUUUACAAGUGACAGGCAAGGCUGAUUUGGAUACGAUGAAGGCCAUGAGGCGCCCUCGCUGUGGUGUUCCAGAUAAAUUUGGGACUGAGAUCAAGGCCAACGUACGGAGGAAGCGCUACGCAAUUCAGGGCCUCAAGUGGCAGCACAACGAGAUCACUUUCUGCAUCCAGAAUUACACCCCCAAGGUGGGCGAGUACGCCACAUUCGAGGCCAUUCGGAAGGCCUUCCGAGUAUGGGAGAGUGCCACACCACUGCGCUUCCGAGAAGUACCCUAUGCCUACAUCCGGGAGGGUCAUGAGAAGCAGGCUGACAUCAUGAUCUUGUUUGCUGAGGGUUUCCACGGCGACAGUACACCCUUUGAUGGUGAAGGAGGCUUCUUGGCUCAUGCCUAUUUCCCAGGCCCCAAUAUUGGAGGGGAUACCCACUUCGAUUCUGCUGAGCCCUGGACGGUCCAAAAUGAGGAUCUAAAUGGGAAUGACAUCUUCUUGGUGGCUGUGCAUGAGUUGGGGCAUGCCCUAGGCCUGGAACAUUCCAACGACCCCUCCGCCAUCAUGGCCCCCUUUUACCAGUGGAUGGACACGGAGAACUUCGUGCUGCCUGAUGACGAUCGCCGUGGCAUCCAGCAACUUUAUGGAAGCAAGUCAGGGUCACCCACAAAGAUGCCCCCUCAACCCAGAACUACCUCUUGGCCCUCCGUCCCAGAUAAGCCCAGAAACCCCUCCUAUGGGCCCAACAUCUGUAACGGGAACUUUGACACCGUGGCCAUGCUCCGAGGAGAGAUGUUUGUCUUCAAGGAGCAAUGGUUCUGGCGGGUGAGGAAUAACCAAGUGAUGGACGGAUACCCAAUGCCCAUUGGCCAGUUCUGGAGGGGACUGCCUGCAUCCAUCAACACUGCCUAUGAGAGGAAGGAUGGAAAAUUUGUCUUCUUCAAAGGAGAUAAGCACUGGGUAUUUGACGAAGCCUCCCUGGAACCCGGAUACCCCAAACACAUUAAGGAGCUGGGCCGAGGGCUGCCCACAGACAAGAUCGAUGCGGCUCUCUUCUGGAUGCCCAACGGGAAGACCUACUUCUUCCGGGGCAAUAAGUACUACCGCUUCAACGAGGAAUUCAGGGCAGUGGACAGCGAGUACCCCAAAAACAUCAAAGUCUGGGAAGGAAUCCCUGAGUCUCCCAGAGGGUCAUUCAUGGGUAGUGACGAAGUCUUCACGUACUUCUACAAGGGGAACAAAUACUGGAAAUUCAACAACCAGAAGCUGAAGGUAGAGCCGGGGUACCCCAAGUCAGCUCUGCGGGACUGGAUGGGCUGCCCUUCGGGAGGCCGGCCGGACGAGGGGACCGGGACUGGGACUGGGACCGAGGAGGAGACGGAGGUGAUCAUCAUUGAGGUGGACGAGGAGGGCAGCGGAGCUGUGAGCGCAGCCGCAGUGGUCCUGCCGGUGCUGCUGCUGCUUCUGGUAUUGGCAGUAGGCCUCGCUGUCUUCUUCUUCAGACGCCAUGGUACACCCAAGCGACUGCUUUACUGCCAGCGUUCGCUGCUGGACAAGGUCUGACCCCCACCACUGGCCCACCCGCUUCUACCACACGGACUUUGCCUCUGAAGGCCAGUGGCAGCAGGUGGUGGCAGGUGGGCUGCUUUCGCCCAUCCUGGGCUCCCUCCCUCCAGCCUCCCUUCCCAGCCCCUGAUUGGCCUCUCCCACUCUCACCCCAUCAUUGCUUCAUCCAUAGGUGAGUCCCUUGAGGGCUGAGCAGAAGACCAGUCGGCCUCUGGCCCUCAAGGGAUUCUCACAGCUUGCUGUGUGUCCAGCCCUAUAUGAAUGUUGUCAAGGCUCUGCACUUGAAGGCAAGACCCUCUGACCUUACAGGCAAAGGCCAAAUGGGGUCAUCUGCUUCUUUUCCAUCCCCCUAACUACAUACCUUAAAUCUCUGAACUCUGACCUCAGGAGGCUCUGGGCAUAUGAGUCCUAUGUACCAAGUGUACCCAGUUGGCAGCCUCCCGCCGCCACUCUGACUUAAAAGGAAUCUUAAGAGUGUACGUUUGGAGGUGGAAAGAUUGUUCAGUUACCCUAAAGACUUUGAUUUAAAAAAAGAAAGCAAGAAAGCAAGCUCACAGAGAGUCUUGGUGGCUUGGACAGCCAAGUUCCUCUCCACAAAGAUCUGCCUCUAUCCAACCCAGCCUGGAGAACUUCCAAAGGGGCCUGAGCCAUUAAGGACUAAAUGGGUCUGAGACCUGAUCCCCCCACCCCUGAAUGUUAGCCUUGGAUAUCAAGUUCAAGGUUGGAAGAGCUGAAUCCAGGGGCAGUGGUCCCAGGCGGAGUGAGGUCAAGGGGAGACAGCAAGAUCUGAAACACGGAGGAUGAGCCUCACGGGUCAUAGCGGACCAAGGCCUUGUUCAAAUGCGAGGGACCCAAGGACAGCAGGCAGAUGGGACAGGAAAGGAAGUGUGCUGGUGGCAGUGUAUACCUGGGAGUCUGAGCAGAUUGUAGUGCACACACGGGACACUGAUCCCCAGGUGUGGACACAUCUUAUUAGAUGUCUCAGAAAGGGUCUUAAGGAAGCCACACUGGCCUCUGUCUGUCCCCUUGCUCACUAACAGAAGGGAAGGGUAAGCAUUGAUAAGGAGGAAAAAGAGCGUGCAUACAGGGACUCAGUGGAGACCAGCGGAGGCUGUCAGCAGCCUGGGCUCGCUCAGUCUUCCUCACUGCCCUAGUGAGGGGGUGUCUGGGAGCUCUCGGUCAGGGUGGAUCUCCCUUUCCUGAUGCAGGCACUCCUCAGCCCAUUAUACCUAUGUCCUGCCCUUCCUCUUCCCCACCCAGUUGACCCAUUUGAAGUCUCCUCCAGCCACUGGAGGUGGUCAUGGUACUGGGGCCUUGGGAGAGUGAGACCCUGUGGAGGGAGAGGUGAGGAGGGAAGUUGUUCAGGGGGGGUGGGGGGGUGAACGGUGCUGGCAGCCCAGCGAAAUUUGUCUUGUUUGGGUUUUUUGUUUUGUUUUGUUUAAUGUAUAUUUUUAUUAUAAUUAUUAUAUAUGAAUGCCAUUCAAAUCGUUCCUUUUUGUUAACAAAGGGCAUGGGAAGGGGUGGGGGGUGGAGGGGGGCUGAGGUGACUGACCCCAGAGACCUGCAGGGCGGGGCUGGGACAGUGCUCUCUAAGGACAUUUUUUUGACCUUGUUCAACCUUUCCACGAAGAAUAAACUGUGUUUCACAUUC